GAUAAAAGCCGCAGUAGAAGAAGACAAAGACAUGUUUUGAUAAUUGCACUACAUUAGAAAACUUUAGCGUCUCAUUUCUGGUGCAGAAAGUGUUUUUUUUUUGUUGUUGUCGUUGAUUAUAUUUAUAGCAAAGCUCAUUAAAAUAACCGAGUUAAUUGAGAUUUAAUUUAAUACUGAUGAUGAUGGUGAUGAAGGAGUGUUGCUGUCAUGUCACGUGGAUUCAGACUUUACACUCUACAGGACUGAAGUAAAGUUAAUAAACAUCAUUUCUGACUGUGUGUCUUUACACUUCCGGUCUGACUGCAAUGCCGAGCUCAGAGAACACCGGUCAUAAUAAAAGGCCGAGGCUGGACUGGAGGUUCCUCAAGACGUUCUGCAGAAUUUUACGAGUACUUUUCCCGAGCUGGUGCAGUCAGAAUGUUGUCAUGUACGGGACGCUGCUCAUAGUCACUCUAUUAGUUCAGCUGGUGAUUUAUCAGGUGGGUCUGAUCCCGAGUCAGUUCUAUGGCGUUUUGUCGGAGAAGAACUACGACAAAUUCAAGGAGCUGGUGGCGUUUUCCAUCCUGCUCAUCGUCCUUAACGUUGCACUCAAGAGUCUGGAGCAGUACAUCAGCAAUCUCCUGUACCUCGGCUGGAGGAAAUGUUUAACGCAGAAGCUCCACGGAGAUUACUUCACCAGACAGGUCUACUACACCCUCAACGUGCUCCAGGAGGACAUCGAUAACCCAGACCAGAGGAUGACUCAGGAUGCAGAGAGGUUGUGUAAGCAGUUGAGCAGUAUGGCCAGUCGACUGGUCAUUUCCCCGUUUACCAUCUCCUACUAUUCCUACCAGUGCUUUAAAAUCACUGGAUGGAUCGGAUUCGUCAGCAUCCUCGGCUUCUUCUUGGUCGGCACUGUUGCCAACAAGCUCCUGAUCGGCCCCAUCGUGUCAACGCUGGUUGAACAGGAAAAGCUGGAAGGAAACUUCAGAUUCAAGCACAUGCAGAUCAGAGUUAAUGCCGAAUCAGCAGCUUUCUUCAGGGCAGGGACGGUGGAACACGUGCGGACGGACCACAGGCUUCAGAGUCUCUUGCGCACACAGAGGAAGCUGAUCGACAGGGAGUUCCUGCUCCUUAUCGCCGUAAACACGUUUGACUACAUGGGAAGCAUCCUCAGCUACAUCAUCAUCGCCAUACCCAUCUUUGCGGGCGUGUAUGACGGUUUGACCCCGGGGGAGAUCAGCGCUCUCGUCAGCAAGAAUGCCUUCGUGUGCAUAUACCUGAUUAAUUGUUUCACGCAGCUCAUAGACCUUUCGAGCACCGUCUCGGAUGUCGCAGGUUACACACACAGGAUUGGAGAACUCCAGGAAGUUAUGCAGGACAUCAACAGGAAGCAGUGUGAUGACUGGGGUUCAGCAGAGAUUCAUGACAGCGACAGAGCUUACGGCGACGCCGCCAUCAUCCUGAACCAGCUUUCUUUUACGUCUCCGGUCUCUGAGGGUCUGCUGGUGAAGAAUUUGUGUCUGAGGGUCUAUGAGGGGACGCACCUGCUAGUGGUUGGAAACACGGGCACUGGGAAAACGUCUCUCCUCAGGGUCCUCAACCUUCUGUGGAAACCUUCUAAUGGUUCUGUUCAGACGAACGUCUGUUUCGGGCCGAGGGGAAUCAUGUUCUUGCCUCAGAAACCCUUCCUGACUGACGGCACGCUUCGAGAACAGGUCAUUUUCCCUUUAGCGGACUGCUAUCCAGUCUCAGAUGCUGUGGACACCGAAAGAAUUUUGCGGUGUCUGGAACUGGCCGGGAUGUCCUGUCUUUUGAAGAGGACCGGCGGCCUGGAUGGGAGAGUGGACUGGAACUGGUAUGACGUCCUUUCACCAGGCGAGAUGCAGAGACUGUGCUUCGCGAGGCUGUUCUACCUGCAACCGAAAUACGCAGUGCUGGACGAAGCCACCAGUGCUUUGACCGAAGAAGCUGAGGAACAGAUGUACACGGCUUGUAAACAGCUGGGCAUGACUCUGAUUAGCCUGGGUCACCGCAGCAGCCUGAAGAAGUAUCAUGAUGAAAUGCUGAGGCUGUGUGGAGGCGGUCAUUGGGAUCACUGUAAAUUGGAUUCGAGGUGAAAAUCCAGAACAAAUGUGUUUUUGUUUUUUUUCCCUUUUGAGGAAAGAAACUCACACACACACAAAUUGUGUGUAAGAAUAAGUUUAGCCUGAAACAUCGAUUUCAGGUGAAGAACUAAAGAGUCGGACCUGCGAUGGUUCCUGGAAAUGACAACACUGAGGCGUCUCGAACAAAAUUUAUAACGUUACGAGAAUUAUUUUUAAUCUUAUUACAUCUGAUUAAAUACAUUAAAUACAA